AUGGCAGACGACAAGAAAGCGACUUAUUCGCACGCGACAAGUGAAGCGCCAUCGGAGAAUAGCCAGCCAGAGACAAAGCGACCUGUAAAGUGGUACCGGUCGACACUUUACAAUGCAAUCAUUCUGGGUAUUUGCAACUUCUGCGCCCCGGGAAUCUGGGGCGCGAUGAACUCGCUAGGAGGAGGUGGACAGCAAGAUCCAUGGCUUGUUAAUGCCGCCAACGCGCUCACUUUUUGCCUCAUGGUGGUAACUUGUGCGCUGAGCGGUGUCUUCGUCAAGUACCUUGGCAUUCGAUGGACCUUGAUUCUAGGCGCGGCCGGAUACUGUCCCUAUGCAGCAGGACUCUAUUGCAACAACAGAUUCGGGAGCGAAUGGUUCGUGCUCUUCGGUGCCGCUACCUGUGGCCUGGGUGCUGGUCUCUUCUGGAUGGCUGAGGCUGCGAUCGCUCUAUCCUAUCCGGAACCUUACAACCAGGGCAAGCUCUUGGGCAUCUGGCUGAGCUUCCGAGUUGGAGGACAAAUCCUCGGCGGUGCCGUCAACCUUGGACUGAACGCCGAUCGCAACGAGGCGGGCUCUGUCUCAUACUCUGUCUUCCAGGUCUUCAUUGCAUUGCAAGCCGUUGCACCAUUCGCUGGUCUCCUUUUGACCGCGCCAUCGAAAGUCGAGCGUACGGAUGGGCAGACAGUUUCGUGCUCGAUCUCCAGGGACGAGAGUUCGUGGAAGGAAUUCGUCUCCACGGCCAAGUUGUUCGCCGGCAAGAGGUUCCUUUUGAUAGUGCCUCUCAUCUCUCAGGCGGUCUUUGCUGAAGCAGUCUUCUUCACCUACCAAGGCCUUUGGUUCUCUGUGCGAUCUCGUGCGCUAGGUUCCUUCUUGAGCGGUAUUGUUGCAAUCAUUGCUGGCAACCUUCUCGGUCUUUACCUGGACAACGAGAAACUGCUGAUCAGACUACGGGCUCGCGGAUCAUUCGCAGUUAUCAUGACUCUGCAGGGCGCGUGGUGGAUUUGGGGCACAAUCCUCGUGACUGACUAUCAUCGAACACAGCCGACAUUCGAUUGGGUCGAUGCCGGAUUUGGGCGAGGAUUUGCGUGGUUCCUAUUCAUGGUCAUGGGAUUUCAGCUGAACUACAUGUACCUGUACUUCGUGAUCGGACAGCUCGCCAAGAGCGAUGCUGAGAUCAUUCGCUACUCCGGUCUGCUGCGAGGAACAGAAAGUGCAGCACAAGCAGUCUCCUACGGGCUGAUCUCUGUGGGCACCAUGGGCCAGUUCGGAUGUGUAUAUCUGAACUUUGCACUCUGGGCAAUCUCUAUCGUGCCUGCGUGGUUCGUGAUCAAAGAGAUCGGCGUGAAUAUUGGUCGAAAGCGGGAUGACAAACCAGAGAGCAGCCAGCCGUAG